CAAAAGUACAGUUUACUUAAACCAUGCCCGUCUCAGCCCACCAGCUUACGUUCUCUGCUCCGAUUCUCGGCUCGCAAUUACCUGAACAUGGGCAUUGCAAGUCAAGGAAGCUACUUCCGGAAACUGGGCUGUUCAGAGCUCUAAACAAGAAGAAACCAAGAAGAAACAUGGCUUUGAUGAGUAGUUGUAAAGAUGAUGAUGGUGAUGGACAAGUGAGUUUUCGAGUGGGUGAAGGUGAACGGCUUUAUCUUGGAAUGGACUUUGGUACUUCUGGAGCGAGGUUUGCUCUUAUUGAUAAACAUGGGACAAUUUGUUCUGAAGGAAAGAGAGAGUAUCCAAAAUAUAUGAAUGAAGAAACAAUGGAUUGGAUUCGCUCUUGGAAGACAACACUUUUCUCGUUGCUUGGAGAUGUUCCUAUUGAUCUCCGCCCAUUUAUAUCUUCCAUUUCCAUUGAUGGCACUUCUGCAACUACCAUCAUUCUAGACAGCAAUACAGGUGAACCUUUAUGGAGACCUUUCCUUUACAAUGAGAGUUGCCCUGAUGCUUUACCAUUUGUAAAGGCUAUUGCUCCUGCAAACCACACAGUGUGCUCUGGCACCUCUACCCUGUGCAAGCUUGUCUCCUGGUGGAACAAUGAGGGUGCAAGUAAAAAAUCGGCAGUGUUGUUACAUCAAGCAGAUUGGUUGUUGUGGUUUCUUCAUGGAAAGCUUGGAGUGUCUGAUUACAAUAAUGCUCUGAAGGUUGGUUACGAUCCUGAACUUGAGUCAUAUCCACCUUGGCUGCUGUCGCAGCCUUAUUCACAACUCUUACCUUCUGUCAAAGCUCCAGGAACCGUUAUUGGCUUGCUAAAAGAGGCCAUCAGAACCGAAUUUGGUUUUCCAAAAGAUUGCGCUGUAUGCACUGGAACCACUGAUAGCAUAGCCGCCUUUCUUGCAGCAAGAGCAACAGAACCUGGGAAAGCUGUCAUCUCUCUGGGUUCAACUCUGGCUAUUAAACUACUAAGCACUAGUCGCAUUGAGGAUGCACGAUUUGGGGUUUAUAGUCAUCGCCUUGAUGAUAAGUGGCUUGUUGGAGGUGCUUCAAAUACCGGUGGGGCUGUUCUUAGACAAAUUUUUACUGAUGAACAGUUGCAGAAAUUAAGCGAACACAUUAAUCCCAUGGAAGCCUCCCCUCUUGACUACUAUCCUCUGAAAGCAGCUGGUGAGAGAUUCCCUGUUGCUGAUCCGAAGAUGCUUCCCCGGUUAAAUCCUCGCCCGCAAAGCGAUGUUGAAUACUUGCAUGGUAUUUUGGAGUCCAUGGCACGUAUAGAGGCAAAGGCUUAUAGCUUAUUAAAAGAGCUUGGCGCAACCCAAGUGGAAGAAGUGUUCACCGCCGGCGGUGGUGCGAAAAAUGAGAAAUGGACCAAGAUACGAGAGAGAGUUCUUGGCUUGCCGGUGAGACGGGCAACUCAAACAGAAGCUGCAUACGGAGCUGCUCUAUUGGCAUUGAAGGCAAAGCAAUCUAAUAUUUGAGUUGAUACAAAUUAAAUAAUAUCAUUACUGGAAGUAAAAGAUUGGGAUACAGCUAUAUGAUGGUGUAAAUAAUAUUUUAAUGCGGCGCAUUUAAUGGCUGUAUAAUCAUGAUUUUAUGCACCGUCGAUGACGUUAAACUUUACGAUUACGGCAGCUAUUGAUGUGUCAAAUUAGGUAACGAGCUGAUGUCCUCGUGCUUUGUGACCUCACGGCACCCGCAUUUUGGAAGUCUGUGCCAGUUAGACGGCUUCUCUAAUGAUUAGCAAUUGUACAUCUGACGGACUCGGGAAUCGGAGAACCAGAUACUCAUCCUUUAUAAACCAAUGGGUUUAAUGCAGUUUCGCCUCUCAAGCUUGUUACACCGUUUUACCCCAAUCUUUUUUUCGGGUCGGUGGCAAGGAGUUAAAGGCUUGGUUUAUGUAUAUCUUAACUAAUUUUUUUUUGUUUUUAAAGUUAAAGAUAGAAAUGG